AUGUGGCUGCCAAAGGCCGACGAUGCUGGGGCCAGUGUUGGCUAUGCUGGGGCGGCUCUGCUCUUUGCUACGCUGGCACAAUGGCUUUCCUCGCAAGACUCUGAGCUCGAGACAGAGAUCUUAUGUUGGGCGUUUCUGCCAGUCUUGGCCAAGUCCCUGAGCCAGCCACAGCCUAAAUCGCUGUUGAGACCAGUAGUCUCCGGCAAAGCGAAGGGGACAUCGACAUCGACGUACUCUUUGUGGAUUGUAGCUGGAAGCGCUGCUGUCUAUUCACUAUUCAAGUCAGAGACUGGCUUAAUUCAAUUUUUGGUAAGGAGAAUGCCCGCACUGACGCCUUUGCUUUUGGCGGCUCAAAAGUACCUUGGAUCCUCUCCAAGACCUGCUGGCUUAUUUUCUCCCUUGGUGAGCACAAACUGGGGUGCCAUUCUGGGUGCUUCUUUUGGUGUUCUCACUUUCUCGAAUUGGUCUAUUGGAUCAUUCUUAUUCUCCAUCAUCCCAGCCGCGUUCCUCUUCAUUGUAUAUACUGCUCUAUUACCAAGAAAUCGCACAUCCACAUUUCCCCCGUCCAUCAACCUUGAGAAUGUUAUUCGCCCUCUUUCUGUUCGCAUUGCUGUCCUCCUCCUAAUCAUAUGGGGAGCUGACCUUGCUUUUUUUGGAUUCAAUACAACUGGCAUAAUCAGGACAUUUUUCCUAGGUUUUGUCAAGGCCUUGUCUUGGUCUUUUGUCAUACAGGCGGCUCGAGAUGCUUCUUGGAUUGUUGCACCUCUAAUCACCACAUAUAGUAUCUCCUUCACCACGAAUCCAACAAAUGAAUCAUCGGAUUUUCAGGCUGUGGCUUACGCUUUCGUUUCAGUCAUCACUCUGGGCCAAUUGAUCGCUCUAUUGCCAAAACAAGCAAGAUUCAGGCUGACAUUGUGGGUGUUUGGCCUCGCAUCGCUCGUACCCCUUUUGUCAAACUUCUGGAUGAUUCGAGAUGCGCAAGAAUCGGCGAAAAUAUUUGGCCCUGAGCGAGAACACCCCGUCGAGGGCCUCGUACGCAGCGGCAAGGCUAAUUUUAAGAGUCUUCUCAAGACUCAAUCUAAAACAUACAAAGAGGCUGUCGAGGAAUAUCAGCGCCGAUAUUACGCCGCGCCGCCACCAGGUUUUGAAGCUUGGUAUGAAUUCGCAGUUCGCCAAAAAUCUCCUAUAAUCGACGAUUUCGACGCGAUCCAUCAUGCCAUCUCACCGUUUUGGAACCUCAGCGGAAAGCGAGUGAUUGAGACUAUGAACCAGAUUCACUUCGCACAGAACAGUGAAAUGUGGUUCUGCAACUUUAAUGGAGAAUCUGCUACGACAGAUUGCGCUCAUGCAUAUCGAGUUUUCGACAGGCAUCUGGGGUUUCUCCUCGACAGGCUGUUUCAGGGCUUGGAUGGCGCUCUUCCUGAUGUCAAGUUUCUGGUUAAUCAUUUCGAUGAACCACGGAUAUUAAUUCCGACGUGGGGAGCAGAAGAGUCCCGUAACCAUCCACAGUUGAACAUCACUAACAUGUCACAUCAACCUAUUUGGAAUGAGGUCACUAAGUUCUGUGCGUCCAAAGAUAUAGGUAAAAAGGCAAAGACACAAUCUUCAGCGAAGGUGUUUGAUCUGCCAUUUGUCAUGGAUCAAUCCUUUGCGAUGAAUCUAUGUGAACACCCAGAGUACCGCAAUAUGCACGGCCUCUUCAUGAGCCCCGUGUCGUUUUCACUCGUCGAAGGGUUUGUCCCAGCCCUCUCAACCGGCUCGCCUUCUACAAUGGGCGACAUUUUACUCCCGAGUCCUGCAUACAUUGAAGGAGAGUUUGUAUACGACGACUCAAAAGAGGUUGGCUGGGAUGAAAAGCGCAACAACCUCUACUGGGCUGGGUCCACCACAGGCGGUUUUGCCACAGACGCCAACUGGGCUAACUACCAGAGGCAAAGAUUUGUGAAGCUAGCACAGAAUCUGGAACGACGGGAGUAUUACUAUUUGCGAGAGAUGGGCGGUAUAAUCCAGCGUGUUGCAUCAUCAUUUCUGAAUGGUCGCCUGUUUGACGUCGCCUUUACCAGAAUAUUUCAGUGCGACAGGAAAUAUUGCAGAGAUCAGAAGAGGUUCUUCAAGGUUGGCGGCUGGGCAGAUAAAGACAAGGCACUCAAAUCGCGUCUCGUCUUUGACCUUGAUGGAAACGGUAUUAGUGGUCGUUACUACAAGCUGCUCGCAUCAAAGUCGGCACCAAUGAAGCAAACACUCCUCAGAGAGUGGCAUGAUGAUCGUCUUGUGCCCUGGGUCCAUUAUAUCCCAGUCAGUCAAAGUUUGGAAGAGCUUCCAGAGUUGGUGUUUUAUCUGACAUCAACUGAAGCUGGCCAAAAAAGGGCCAGAGAAAUUGCAGAGCAAAGUAGAGAUUGGUUCUUCCAGGCGCUACGGGAAAAGGACAUGGCAGUGUAUAUGUAUCGACUGUUGUUGGAGUUGGCAAGGCUACAGGAUCCGAACAGAGAGGCAGGAUCUCCCGCAACAAAGUAUUCAACAAAACCGGCACCAGAUAAUACAAAGAAACUGUAG